UGGCGCACUUGGAUCACACAUCUCGCAAAACACACACACGGGAACGGUUUUCUUCUCACCUUACAGUUGGUACCUAUUUAUUUUUUGGGUUAUUAGACUUUCCACAUGAACGUUUCUUACUAGAUUUUCCGAUUUUCAAUCACCAAUGCUCGUUUCUUUAAGUAAUGGAGAAGGUUAUUCAAUGCCAUAAAUAGCAUUCAGCCAUUAUCCUUCAUUCCAACACCAAACUUGAACUGAAACUCCAAACAGCGGCCUGCCGUUGACGGGGUGUGGCGCCGGCCGCACGGUGGGAUGGCCCGGCCGGCAGAGCGGGACGACAUCAACUUCGUCGAGCUGGAGCGGGAGCUGCGCUCGGCCGUCGAGCAGGACCAGCGGCGCGCGCUGCAGAACGAUGCCAAGCUGCGCGCCGUCCAGCAGAAGGUCGGGUCGUACGACGAGUUCAGGGACCUGGUGAAGGCGGCCACCCUGCGGCCGCUGGACAGGAAGGACACGCUGUCGGGGGCGGCGCCGGCCGGCCGGGCCGUGUGGAACAGCCUGGCCACGCGCCGCGAGACGCCCGCCGCGCCCGCCGCCGGCCGCAUGAACCAGUGCCCGCCGUCGGUGACGCCGUCGGCGCGCCUGCCGGCCACCGUGCAGGAGUUUGGCCGCGAGUGGCGCCGGCUGGAGGUGAGCGGCCGGCUGACGCUGCUCCGACGGAUGGGCGCCGCCGCGCUGGGCCACGUGCUGCGCGCUGAGAUCCCGGCCGGCCUGCUGGGCGAGGUGCUGUACACGCUGCUAGCCUUCAGCCCCAACACAGCCGAGGUGCGGCUCGUCGUCGAGCUGCUGCAGGCCAUGUCCGAGGCCAACAGAUUUCACAUUAGUCUACAGUUCCUGUCUGUGCAGGAGAGACGAACUUGCGAGCAGUUAAUGGAAAAACUCCUCGGUAGCCUUGAAGGCCGACAACAGGACCUAGCCGACGCCGGGAUCACCGAGUGGACCAUCAAGGAGCUGCGCGCCAAGUACAAGGUGUAGCGCCGGCCGCGGCCGGGUGCCGUAGCUCAGGAUCUCCCACCGCGCCGGUACCGGCCGUGUGACCGGGCGCCGGCUGGACUCAGUCCGGUGCAGUGGACGCCGGCGGCAGAGCUGGAGACGUGUGCUCGGCCGCCGUAGGGGGUACAACCCCGGGACGGCCGCACCGCUGCUGUCGGAGAGAGACGGCCGGCCGUGCCUGGCUGAGUGGUGCGGCCGUCGGUACUGCUGGGGCCCGGCGGUGCUGGCUCGGGACUGGUGCUGGUGCUGCCGGUGGUGCCGACUCAGGACUGGUGCUGGUGCUACCGGCGGUGCCGACUCGGGACUGGUGCUGCUACUGGUGCUGCUGGUGAUGCUGCCCCGCACACUGACACCUCACCUGACGGUAUCUCAGCAGCCGGUGUGAGCGUAAACUAAGUGAAGCACGGAGCCAGUGUUAUAAGGAUCUGAGCUGGCCACCUCAAUGCCAGUGGAAGUCUCGCUGGAGGUACUCCUAGUGACAUUUUAACCCAACAUAUCACCUCGACAGUGCAAAUGUGUGCCGGCCUCGGACAGACUCAGCGAGACCCGGCGUCUCUCGGUGCAGACGGUCUGAGCCCCCGUGGCCGGUCAGUUGAACCUCAGUAACAGGCUCCCCAGCCUGUCCCGCCUCACUGCUCGGCCCGGCCAUCCAACAAGGUCGCCAUCGCCGCCGCGCCAUUUCGCCGCCGCCAAACCAUACCGUUUGCUCAGUUGUUCCUUCUACUGGCCUACCAAAGUGGGACAGGUUCUACCGUAGAACAUGUAGCAUCCGGGUGAGAUGGGUCCGGGCCGGUUUCGCCGGACGAAAUGCUGAAAUUGUGGCCGGUUCUAAUGGCCGUUGUAAAUGUGACCUGUGAGCCCGGGCGUCAUGCCGGGAGGAGGAGGGGGCGGGAGUGACCUGUGAUAUGGUGUGUGACCUCUGCGAACGUCGCCUCUGAUCGUGUGACAGGUAAAUUCAUCGUGUAUAAUACAUACUGCAGUGUCGUUC